GGGGGCUGGCAUGAGUCAAAGCACCUUGUGCGUCACUUGGCGGCGCCGGAUGUGGGGCUGCGCAGCGUUUGAGACGCUCGCCUGAGCACCGCUUGUUCUUCGCUGAGGUGCUGAGACAGCCAUGGUUUCAGACGAAGAUGAAUUGAAUCUUCUGGUUAUUGUAGUUGAUGCCAACCCAAUUUGGUGGGGAAAGCAAGCAUUAAAGGAAUCUCAGUUUACCUUAUCCAAAUGCAUAGAUGCUGUGAUGGUGCUGGGAAAUUCGCAUUUAUUCAUGAAUCGUUCCAACAAACUUGCUGUGAUAGCGAGUCACAUUCAAGAAAGCCGAUUCUUAUAUCCUGGAAAGAAUGGCAGACUUGGAGACUUCUUCGGAGACCCUGGCAACCCUCCUGAAUUUAAUCCCUCUGGGAGUAAAGAUGGAAAAUACGAACUUUUAACCUCAGCGAAUGAAGUUAUUGUUGAAGAGAUUAAAGAUCUAAUGACCAAAAGUGACAUAAAGGGUCAACAUACAGAAACUUUGCUGGCAGGAUCCCUGGCCAAAGCACUUUGCUACAUUCACAGAAUGAACAAGGAAAUUAAAGAUAAUCAGGAAAUGAAGUCAAGGAUAUUGGUGAUUAAGGCUGCAGAAGACAGUGCGUUGCAGUAUAUGAACUUCAUGAAUGUCAUCUUCGCAGCACAGAAACAGAAUAUUUUGAUUGAUGCCUGCGUUUUAGAUUCCGACUCAGGGCUCCUCCAACAGGCUUGUGACAUCACGGGAGGACUGUACCUGAAGGUGCCUCAGAUGCCCUCCCUUCUGCAGUAUUUGCUGUGGGUCUUUCUUCCCGAUCAAGAUCAGAGAUCUCAGUUAAUCCUCCCACCCCCAGUUCAUGUUGACUACAGGGCUGCUUGCUUCUGUCAUCGAAAUCUCAUUGAAAUUGGUUAUGUCUGUUCUGUGUGUUUGUCAAUAUUCUGCAAUUUCAGCCCCAUUUGCACUACGUGCGAGACAGCCUUUAAGAUUUCUCUGCCUCCAGUACUGAAAGCCAAGAAAAAGAAACUGAAAGUGUCUGCCUGAGGAUAAAAUACUUUCCCCAUCUUUUAGAACUGUUAAUAGAAAUUACAUAGCAGAUUCUUUGUUGGGAAGACUGAAAAAAAUAAAGAUAGAUAUAGGAUAAUUUUUAAUGUAGUGACCUUACAGAAAAUAUUUCCCAAACAUCCUUUUUAUCCUGUGCUUCCGGAGGACUGAUUUGUUUGAGGGAGCCAUUCUAUGCAGUAUAUCCUAAAAUAUUCUAUCACUGGUUGCUGUCAAGAAAGGGGCAAGAAAGCACAUGUUUGUGGCUUUCAUCUUUUAAAUGGGAUGACCGUUAGUCAAAGUCAGCUUGUCAUGAUUGAUUAUAGGCUUUCUAACCUACUACCUGAAUCCAGGUCCUUGUUGUGAAAUGCAUGGCAUGGGAAAUUUGAACGUAGCUUUGUAAAAGGACUAUUUGUAGAGUAAUGGCAUUAAUCAACAUAGAACGUCUUAUUUGAAUCAACAGUUACCUGCAAUAGUCAUGUAAAUAAAAUUCUUAUUGUUUAAAUUGA